AUGGGCCAGUCUCAGUCAUCAGAGCCAGCGAAAGAGGUCCCAAUAGACCCCGACGUGAGGUCUGAUAUUCUGGGCAAUCCAGAGCACCUGAGCCACGAACUGGCCCUCCGCUUUGCGUCCAAGUGCUACACUUAUCUAGAGAUCGCGCAUUACAAGGACAACUUCAAGACCUUGGCCGACCAUCAGGAAGAUGUUGAAUACUGGAAAGAGGACACUCUGUGUCGCUUUUUGGCCUUACCGGAGCCGCUCAACGCAGGGCCCGUUCUUUAUCACAUGUGCACUUAUCUCGGAGCAUUUCCAUUCCCGAGCCUCGCGCCAUGCAUAUUGACCAGGGAGGCCCUGCUGAAGGUCGUCACGAUUAUGACUGGUAGGUACAAGAAGAUCUUGAGACGAGGUGAUCACGAUAAAGUCAAACUGUUGUUCCGGAGCCUGGCCGUGUUCGAUCGGAGUGCCAGCAUGUCUUCGCCCCAGGCGAAACCAAAUAUGGAUGAGAUCAUCAGUGAGCAGUUACCGGAAGACAUGUUGAAGGAACGUGAGUUCGAGAACGCAGCGAGUUCUCAUGCUUCGGGAUUCGCCAUCGACGAGCCCGCCAAUGACGAUGAAGAAGAGGACGACGAUGACCUUGCUCUGGCUGCCCUCGAUUCGCUUGACGCCAUUGAGGUCUUCAGGCAUGACCAGAAGACAGACCGCAAAAUCCACCAUGCUAUCAUUCCAGUAGAGAACAUGAAGAAGCUUAUAAUGCUACUGUUGCUCAUUGCUGGAAUUGAGCCCUUAACGCCCGUCGGGGUCUAUGGUCAGAGCUUAACCCAGGAACGACUACGUGCCCUCCGUGCAUCCGCUGAUGCCAUCAUCGCUGCCUUUGAUCCUGACCCUCUGAGCAAUGGUAUCAAGUAUUCAAACUUCGUCAAGACCGUGACGACAACAACUCCUUGGCUGUUCGAACCUCUUAGCGCACUAUUUGAGCACUUUCUGUUCAGCAAGAACUUCAAUCUUAACAAGCAUCGCGCCGAACCGGACCCAGUCAUUACAAUCGAACCCCGGCCGUCCCCCAUAUACAGGUCAUCUGAGGAGGACAGUGACUCCAUCUUCGAUGACACCCUUCUUUCCCAGAUUACGAUGUCGCUCAAAUUCUUCUCUCCGUCCGGCUCUCUCCUGGAUGUAUUCAGCUCCGGCGCCAGAUUCAAUCAACUAUACUCAACCUCAUCGCACGGCACCUCCCUCAGUUCUUUCUCACGGCAAGUCCUCUCCUGGAGGUCAGGAACUUUGGUCAUCGUUUCCGGCAUCCUUCCCAACACCAGCAACAAACCCAUAACGCUGGCCGCUUACCUCCCCGAAAGAUGGCACGACCCAGCUUCUGGCCCUCGCCGACCGCCAUCGCGCGACCCUUCGGCGCCCAAAGCGUGCCUGGUCCAGCUUCAACCCCGGCAGGCAGUCUUCCCUGAAAAUUCCUACAACCACACUAUCCCCGUGUCAUAUUUUUCUAGCAAGACUGGCAUUGCCUUGGGCUGUGUAGUUCCACAACAGUCGCGCACUGUGUCACAACCACCGGUGCUCGGCCCUGUCAGCCUACUGGUCGAUGCAGAUCUGUCGACCGCGACAUUUCAGCACGAUGGCGAUGCAGGCAGUGGGGCAUUCGUGACUGAUCCCGGUCUGGAAACCGCACAGAGCCGUCAUGCCGAGCUCGCGCAGCCGAAGAAGAUCACGUUUGACAUUGACAAUCUGGAAGUCUGGGGAAUCAAUUUUCCCGUGGGAGAAGGUGAGGACGAGGUCACGAGGCAACGGAAAAGACUCGAUUGGGAGGAGGCAGAGGCGGCGAGAAGAAGAGGCGUACAGUUUGGAGGUGACAAGGAUGGUGCGAGGGCGCUGUUGGAAAUGGCCGGGCUGGUUGGUGACAAGGCCGGCAACCGAAGUGGAGGAUCGGUGUAA